AUGUCACCAAUGUCAUCUGCAAAAACUCUCAUACCUCUGGUACACAGACCAAACCAAGAAAACAAAUACAAAUUUCUGAAUUAAAGCUUACAAAAAUGUGUGAUAUCGAAAGUGUAAACAAAAUUGCAAAAUAUUUAAAAGUCAAUGCUGGCAAGAUUUCGUACAACAGCGAUAAGGUCAUCACUCGAUCAACAAAAACUGAGAAUCUCAGCGGAUUUACAGCAAUUUUAAAUGCCAUUGCUCGUGAAAGUAACGUCGAUUGUGUCAAGUCAAUUUCCACCGAUGACAAACUACAAUGCUUAGUCUACCAAUGGAUUGAGUAUGCAUUUCUGUUCGUGGCACCGGCAGCGAAAAAUAAACAUGUGGCAGCAACAAUGUUAAAGGAAUUGAAUGGUCAUCUCAGUACACGGUCUUAUGUUGCGGGUAGUACACAAUUAACUGUGGCUGAUUUGGCUAUCUUUUUCGCUAUACAGCCAGUAAUGGCAACGCUCUCACCAUCGGAAAAAGAAAAUUACAUUAACAUCUCGAGAUGGUACAAUCACCUGCAGUUACAGCAUUUAAUUCGGCAAGGAUCUCCUUUGAUCAAUUUUUCCACGCUACAUCUGCAUGCAGCUACAGGAGGUCAUGCUUAGGAAAUUAUGAAUGAAAAGUGGUUUUGUGAUUGAAAUAAAUUCGAGUUAUCGAAUUGGAAAA